AUGAGCUUUCACAUAGCUAUUAGAAAUUUGCUGAGUAGUUCUUGUAAACUAGCUAGAGCCAAGCCAUUGCAAUUUACCAACUUGAAAACUAUUAAAUUAAGAGAGCCUGUUGUUCCAAGAGUUGCCAAUUUUGAAGUUUCACCAGAUCAUCCAUUAUGGCAAUUUUUCCCUGAAGGAAACAAAACUACCUCACCAAUCAGAGAAUCCGAAGAGUUGGAUUUGGAUUCAAGAGAAUGGACUUCUGCUGAAUUGCGUCAAAAAUCUUUUGAAGAUUUGCACCGAAUCUGGUAUUUGGCGUUGAAAGAAAGAAAUAUUUUGGCCCGUGAAGUCAGAUUAGGGGAAUCAUUGGGUAUGGGAGAUUUUAGACAACACAAUACUGUGGAUAGAAAAUUAAUUAGAACUCAAAAGAAAAUCAAGCAAGUUUUGGUGGAAAGACAGGUCGCAGUUGAAAGAGCACAAGCUAGUAUGCAAAACGAGAUUAAUGAGUACUUGGAAGAGUUUAGAGACAGAUUCAUCAACUGUGAAGCUAAUGAGAUUGAUGAAUAUCAUGAAAAAUUGGUCAGAUUACAAUAUGCUAUCUUUGGUAUUAGUCCAGAAUUAUCCGUGGAAUUGUUGGAGGAAGAAGAUGGAAUUGAUAUUAAUUUUAUUAAAGGUGUUACAUAUGUUGCCCACUUGAAAUUGGACAGAUAUAAGAAAUUGAAUCCAGAUGUCAAGAUAAAUUCAGAAAACAUGAUUGAAGAUUUUGCAUUUUUUGUUAAGGAUACUCCCGAAGCUUUGAAAGAUGUCAUGGAAAUCAGAUCAUUGGGUGAAUCUCGUGAGUUAUACAAGAGUGAGGUUAUUCCAUUCUUGAGACAAGCUAUUGAAAAUCACCUUAAACAAAAUGAGUAA